AUAUACAAUUAAAUUACAAUAUGGAGGUAUGUUUGUGAUAAUCUCUCUAUUAAAAUUUUGUGUUUACAAGGAGUUAAAUUCAACAUUUUUUAAGAUAACUCAUGAUUAAAACAGAUAAUCGAAUCUUAUUAACUGUUGCAGCCUAGGUGAUAACUGUUUAAAGGCACAUUUAAUAAUUUAUACCUGCAAUUUAUUAUUUUUGUAUGGACUUAAUGUCAACAGUGUAUGAAGAAGCUAUUUGGAUGUGUAAUUAAAUAUUGGAGAAUGUUCUGAAUUUUUAGUAUAAUUAAUUAAAACGAACAGGAAUAAUCGCUUGAUAUUAUAUUCUUUAUAGUAGUCAAAUUUAAAAAUGAACUGCUCAGUGAAAUAAUUUAUUUACUAGUUGGAAUGUGGUUUAAAUGCCUGGUGCAUACAUAAGAAUAAAAGAAUGUCACGGGGAUAUGGAAAGUACAGAAGAGGAAACUGCCAAGCCAGCUUCCACUUUGAAAAAUUAUUUAAAGAAAAUAGCAAUUGCCCUUCUGCUGCUCGAUCUGCAGGGACAGUUGGGAAAUGGGGCAUAACUUCAUUUACCUCAAUUCGAGCUUUAAAUGAAAAGGCUGCAGAGCAGAAUGCUUCAGUUCCAAAGCCGAAGAAGUUCUUUAAAAGCCGUGAUUCUGGGUCACAAGAGUCUACUCCAGCUAUUUACAAUGAAACUACAAAACCUUAUGGUUCCACUACAAAAAGGCCAAAACUCAGUACUUCCUCCGAUUCCGAGCCUUCCAAUAAAUCCCCCCCGAUCGAGCCUAGCCGUAAAUUUUUUGUUUCAAAAACGGGUAAUUCAAAAGACAGUAAAACAGUACUCACCUCCAAUUCCCUUAAUAAUGUUAAACGGGACGAUACCAAACCUCCCAUUGUACUUAGAAUUUGUAGAGGUAAAUCACAAUUACUCAGCGACUCAGAGGAGUCGGAAACUACAGUGACCCCCACUAGUACCCCCUCAACCUCUGCUGUAACUUCUCCUAGAAGUACGAGUCAAAAAUCUCCAGGGAGCAUUCGUGUCACUAGGUCUACCAGACGAAGUAUGCAACAGGAUCCUAGCAGCAGUCCUGCCACUGCCGAUACGCCAGCUGAUACAUUCGGUUCAUUAAUAUUUUCUCCUAAAAAGGACAUAGACUUGUCACCACAGUACAUUCCAGCAGAGAAAUAUGAGCAAGAGAGAAAAGCGAUGUAUGCCAGUCUUCUGGGAACGACAGAACCAGUGUUUGAGCAACAUUAUCCCCUCUCAGAAACUAAUCAGGUAGAAUUGAAUGGUCUGGAAUGUAAAGAAAAAGAAAAUUUAGUGCCUGUAAGUAAUGAAUCAAAAAAUUCGGAACAAGCAAACGAUUCUUUCGAGAGUAAUACUGAAAUUAAAUUUGUGUCGAAUGAUGCAAAUGUGGAUUUGGUGCCUAUGGAAUUAGAAACUGAAGACAAUGCUCCACACACAGAAGAAUCGACAGAUAAUGCUAAGCAAGCAGCUAUUCCGAAAAUUAGUAUUAUCGUUAAAUCUGGGGAAAUUCGGACGAGAAGGCAGAAAGAAGCGGGUCUCUCAGAACAUAAAACUUUCGAAAUAAAACUAAAAGACAAAGGGGUGGACGACAACUAUUCCCAAGACGAUGAUAUCUCUAAAGAAAUCGACGUCCCAAAAGAAGAAAAUGACAGCCCCAACACAGUAAUCGAAACAAAGACGUAUGAAAAGAGACAACGUAAGCCUAAAGACGAAAAGGAAGAGGAAACUGUGAAAACAUACUUGAGAACUCGAAAACAAAAAGAAAAGAAAGAUGUAGAGUUGGAGCUGCCUGAGAAGAAACUAAAAGACGAAAAAGAUGAAGAAACUAAAACAUAUGAAAUGCGCACUAGAAAACAAAAAGAAGAGAAAGAAGAAACUACUGCUGUUAAUGAAACAAUUCCAGCUACUGCAACUACCACAAGAACCUAUACACGCACUAGAAGACAGAAAGAAGUCAACCCAAAAGACGAAAUUACUUUCCAACCUGAAGAAACGAAAACUUAUGAAACAAGAAUUCGAAGACAGAAAGAUGAAGUUAAAGAAGAUCACGCGAAUACUGUAAGUAAAGAAGACAAGAAUGAAGCAAAGCCUAAAAAGCAAAAAGAGGACAAAGAUGAAGUAAACGAAUUUACAUUCUCUGACGAUCCUGCUCAAUCUACUGACAAAGAGGAGAAUGCAUCACAAAUAAAAGAAAAAGGUGAAGAGUCGAAAUCAGCGCCGUCAGUUGAAGAAAUUAAAAGUUCAAUAUAUGAACGUAGACUUACUCGAAACGCUUUAAGAUCGAAAACGUCGAGUGAUGAAUGUAAAUCACCAGAAAAAAGUACCGAUGAUAGUCAGGCCCCUGUUAAAAUAGUUAUUUCUAAAAAGAAAGGCAGCAUUUUUAAAAGUAGAUCAAUGGUCACAACAGACGCUGGAAAGAAAAGACGUGCCCUCUACAAGCAUAAAUGGUCAGACGAUAGUAAAGAAACUGCUUCUAAAACAGAAGAAGAAGGUACUCCAAAAAGCAAAGAAGAUACUGCAGCUUCCGGUUUCGAGUUUGAAGAUGGUCCCCUUGUCAGGUUGCCAAAUAAUAAUGGAGACGGAGAUAUCGAUAGAGCCACGACUGUUAAAUGUACAAAAAAUGAUAAGGGAUUUUAUACAGUUGUUCGCAAUGUUAAGAAGGCCCAUCAAAUACAAGAAAUAGGCGAAUUUCAGGAGUUCAACGAUGAUGUUGAGUACAUCCUUGACGCUUUGCAAGACAACAAUCCCAUAAGCACGCGUUGCCUUUCAGCGAUUACGUUAGCUUCGAAAUGUAUGGUACCAGCAUUUCGAAUGCACGUAAGAGCCCAUGGAACAGUUGCCAAGUUCUUUAAAGCCCUACACGACGCCACAAAAGAUCAGAGUUUAGGUCUUUGUACUGCUACGGUUAUGUUCGUGUUGAGCCAAGAUCGUCUAAAUAUGGAUUUAGAUAGAGACUGUUUGGAAUUGAUGCUGAAUCUUUUAGAGUCCGAUGUGAGCUACCAACAGGCCUUGGAUGUGUGCGGCUUGAGUUCAGCGCAACUCGAAAAGAACAAGCAAAAAGUUAAAGAACUCUGUUCAGAAAUUCAAAGUCAGGGACAUGCUAAACAUUUAAAUUUAGAUAAUAUAACAGUGGGACAAUUGGCCAUGGAAACUCUUUUGAGUUUAACUUCAAAAAGAGCAGGAGAAUGGUUCAAAGAAGAGCUACGUGAACUUGGAGGUUUAGAACAUAUAAUAAAAACAAUUUAUGAAUGUUGUCGGCAAGUAUCAGAUUACGUUGUUACAUGGACUGAUGCCCUUUUGGACAAAUUGCGCAAAAUUGAUAGGUGCAUGAGAGUACUCGAAAAUGUUACUUACGAUAAUGAAGAAAAUCAAGUGUACAUUUUAAAGUAUAAGGAUGGAAUGAUCCUAGAGACUCUUGUGCAGUUGUACAGGCUGUGCGAUUCCGAAAUCCCCUUGUAUCCCGUCACUGACGUAAGCGAUAAAGAAUCGACAGGUUCUAUUAUCAGGGAAGCUCUUCUUGUUACUCUGAAAGUAUUAAUUAAUCUCACACAUCACUUUAACAGUAAUUCAUUUGGUGGAGCCUUAAUAGGAUCUCAGCCUGGUAUUAUAGAAGCUAGCCUUCAUCUCUUGCUUCAAGUUCCGCAUUACAUACCUGACCAAAAGAAAUUUGAACUUGGAGUACUGGUUCUUAUGUUACUUAUAAACUUAAUACAGGACAAUGAUGCCAAUAAAAAACUCUUAGUGGAAGCCAAGGCGCCCGCAGAAUUUGAGAGUGCCUAUGCAUGUGAUAAAAGUGCUGUGGAAGCCCUCAUUGCUCAAUUUUACCAGUGGGAAGAGUGUGCCAGGGUGGCAGAAAAAAGAACGGACGCCAUUCUGGACGGGGAGAAAGACGGAGAGACGCAAAACGUCCAAAAGUCGAAUGAAGAAUUCAUUGAAGAGACUGUGGCAAAAUUACUUCAGAAGGCUGGUAUUCAUAUGGAGUUUACCUUCCUAGCCUCGUAUAUAGUGAUGCUAAUGGGAUUUUUGAUCAUGAACAAUUCUGAGUAUGAAACCAUUGUGAGGACCUUUUUGAAAGAUAACAACUUUUCGACGAUGGUUGAUCUGUUAAACAAGUUCUUCAAGUUUAUGAAUCUCACUGCCUCGUCGGGCGCUUCUAGUGUGUGUGCAAUGAAAGCCACGGAGAAAGUAUUAAAGUACUUGGAAGAUUGUGACAGACUACAAGAAGAAAAAACGAAAGUGGACAAAGAGAACACCACCACGUCUUCGGAGUGUAUGGAUCUCAGUUAUUCGGUAGUCCAUUAGUUCUUCGCCGUAAAAUGAGUAGGAUUAGUUGGUAAAUGCAUUUUGUUUCUUUAUUAUCCUUUUCCUGUUUUCUUUUUUUUACUCCCAUUCCUGUAGACAGUAGGGUGAUCAACAUUUGCAGUAUUUUUAUAAUUAUUAAACGAUAUAAAAUAACUGUACAGAUUUUACUACUUGCAACAAGACAAUUUAAAUGUGAUAUACAGUUAUUAAUUUUUGUUACUUAUUAACAAUAAAUUAAUAUGAUUCUUCCAGAAACACCAGUGAUAUAUUUAAGAAAACGAAAAUAUACUCUUAAAUGUAAAGUCGAUAAUAGUAUGUAAAUGGCUCCCAUAACAGUGAGUUUAAUAGGUUUGCUAAAAAAUAUCUUUUAUUAUUGAAAUGCUCCUAAAUGUUAUCGAUUAUUAGAAUAAAUAUAAGGAACAAUAAGAAAAUGAUAUUUUUUUAGAAAAUUUAUUAACUCACUUAUGGGGCUAUUUUAUCAAGCCUAGCCCUACUUAAUAGAAGAAGCAUAAAAGUUAAUAAGUGAAGCCUUGUUAUAAAGUAUAAAUGUACUAAAUAUCAUUGGCCUUUUUUAGUUUUAAAUGAUUAUUUCGUUCGCAAAAUAUAAGGUCGUUCUUAACAUUACCUAUUUAAUUUUGAAUUGAAUUGGUAAUUAUUUCGACAUUAAUGUGAGUAGCUGUAUUAAUUUUUGUCAAAUGUUGGUUUACACUCAAUGUCUUAUGGGAAGAGAGAUCUUCGCGAUUAUAAUAAUUAUGACUUUUUCGCAAUAAUUUGUAUAUUACAUUGUUUUUUGAUGACCGAUCUUUUUAGCUAUUGUAAAUAUGUCUUGUUAAUUAUAAGUGACAUUAUUUUGCAACAAGUACCUAAUUAUAAUGUUAAAAUAAAAUCUGUAUUAUCUACCUUUAAAACUUGUACAUAUAAAUUUGAAAAAUUCCACCAGAAUGUAUAGACUAAUUAUUGGUCCUUAUUUAUUAAAUAAUUAUAGUUUUAUAAAUCGCACAUAGUAUGUAAUUGAUUAAUUCAUUUUAUUGUGUAUAAUGGAUUGUUUAUAUUGUGUAAAUACAUUAUGAAGUGUUUCCUUUUUUUAA